AUGCCUCGUGUAGCAACCGUCAAGAAGGCCGCAAGAGCCAAGUUCGACUAUAGCUUGGACUUCCCUCAUGUCAACAUGCGCGCAUCGCCUCAUCUAUACAGAAUUGGUAUAGGCGAGCAAGGCGUGCUUUCUGUUGAGCCAUACAAGUCAGAGCUACUACCUCUAUGGCGCUUCAAAACACCCGAUGUGGCAAGGGAAUCGAGUCAGCUCCUCAAGGAGGCCUUUGACAAAUACAAGGUCGAGAGAGACUUCAUUGGCAUGGACAUGACGCGCAAAUUUAUACAGAUGGGCGUGACGCGUGCUCGUCGAUAUGCCAAUUGGCCCGGUGGCAAGAAGUAUGCUGGUACGAUCGAUGCCAAAGGGAAGCGGGAGACGGUGGUGAAGGGGCCCGAGAAUCCCAUCAAGGCGGAAAGUGCUCGCAUAUUUGGCGAAGUGCUUGCGACGGUCAAGGACGACGACCUUUAUCAGAAGCUUGCAGCGGAGCACAAGGAUCAGUACGAGCGCCAGGAUGCUGGCAAAGUCGUCAUGAGCGGAAAAGAGAAGGAAGCUAUAGGCAAGCGCUCACAGGCCAGCCAAAAGAUCAAGCACGAACCAGAAGUCGACUCCGUCAAUCCUCAAGUCACGGAUGAAGACGAUGAGCGGAUACCUGAGCCAACCAAUGCCCGACGAACUCGAUCAAGGAAGACAACAGUGAAGGAUGAAUAG